UGCACCCCUAUCGGGCUAGGUACCCGGGAGAGCUGGCGGGGCAGCCCCUCCCUGCAGGCCUCAGAUGUGAGGCCGGACACCCAAACCCACAGGACGGCUGGUCCCCGCCUGUCCAGCAAGAGCCAGAGGUCCAGCCCCCACCCUGAGAUUCCUUGCUGGCAUGGAGUGAUCGAUCUUUCAUCUUACAGUAGUCACUCCUGAUCAGUGAGGGAAAAUCAGGAACAUACCACAAGGCCAAGGAGGAAAAGAAACUCCACCCAUUUUGCUGCUAGUGCCUGUCUGCUCCCUCCCUCCUGCUUGUUGCUUUGUCCAGAGACCCUCAAACGUGCACACUGGGGACACUGGUGGCCCCACCCACACCCCAUCACACACUGCCUGCCAGGCUCUGCAGCUCACCAGGACCCCUGGCCUGCCCACUGGGUCCUGACCCGCACGGCGUGCCCUCCAGACGCUGUCUUCCUGAAGUGACUCAGCAGAGGCAGUGGCCAUGGCUGCUGACGCCCCCCGCCGGGGCGCGGACCCCCCAGACGGAGGCUGGGGCUGGGCCGUGCUGGGCGCUUGCUUCGUGGUCACCGGUUUCGCCUACGGCUUCCCCAAGGCCGUGAGCGUCUUCUUCCGCGCGCUCAUGCGCGACUUCGGGGCGGGCUACAGCGACACGGCCUGGGUGUCCUCCAUCAUGCUCGCCAUGCUCUACGGCACCGGCCCGGUGUCCAGCAUCCUUGUAACCCGUUUUGGCUGUCGCCCGGUGAUGCUGGUGGGUGGGCUGUUGGCCUCGGCGGGCAUGGUCCUAGCCUCCUUCGCCACGCGCCUCCUGGAGCUGUACCUGACGGCUGGGGUGCUGACAGGCCUGGGCCUGGCCCUCAACUUCCAGCCGUCACUCAUCAUGCUGGGGCUGUACUUCGACCGGCGGCGGCCUCUGGCCAACGGGCUGGCCGCAGCGGGCAGCCCCGUGUUCCUGUCGGCGCUGUCGCCUCUCGGACAGCAGCUACUUGAGCGCUUCGGCUGGCGCGGCGGCUUCCUGCUGCUCGGCGGCCUCCUGCUGCACUGCUGCGCCUGCGGCGCCGUCAUGCGGCCACCGCCGGGGCCCGGCCCUCGGCCCCGCAGGGACCGCGCGGCCGGCGCCCGCGGGGAGGCGGUGGCGGAGCGCGAGGGGCUGAGCCGCAGCCAGGCGCCCGCCAGGGCCCGGGCCCGCCGCCUGCUGGACGUGACGGUGUGCGCCGACCGCGCCUUCGCGGUGUACGCCGUCACCAAGUUCCUGAUGGCGCUCGGGCUCUUUGUGCCCGCCAUCCUGUUGGUGAACUAUGCCAAGGACGCGGGCGUGCCCGACGCGGACGCCGCCUUCCUCCUGUCCAUCGUGGGCUUCGUGGACAUCGUGGCGCGGCCCGCGUGCGGCGCCCUCGCCGGCCUGGCGCGCCUGCGGCCGCACGUCGCCUACCUCUUCAGCCUGGCUCUGCUGGCCAACGGGCUCACGGACCUGGGCAGCGCGCGCGCGCGCUCCUACGACGCCCUGGUCGCCUUCUGCGUGGCGUUCGGCCUCUCCUACGGCAUGGUGGGCGCGCUGCAGUUCGAGGUGCUCAUGGCGGCCGUGGGCGCGCGCCGUUUCCCCAGCGCGCUGGGCCUGGUGCUGCUCGUGGAGGCCGCGGCGGUGCUCAUCGGACCGCCUUCUGCCGGGCACCUGGUGGACGCACUGAAGAACUAUGACAUCAUCUUCUACCUGGCCGGCUCUGAGGUGGUCCUGGCCGGGGUCUUCAUGGCUGUUGCCACCAACUGUUGCCUGCGCCACUCUCAGGACACCCCACCUGGCCCAGGCACCGAGGGCGGGGCCAGUGACACCGAGGAGGACGCUGAGGCCCAAGGGGACUCUGAGCCCCUGCCCACCCAGGAGCCUGGCAGUCUUGAGGCCCUGGAGGUGCCUAGCCCUGGGGCCGGGCCCCUGGAACCCAGGGUGGAGCCGGAGCCAGGGCCGGGGCUGGCCCCGGAGUCUGUGUGAUGGAGGCACAGGUGGGGUGGCUGGUGACUUCAGACAUAGGGCUUCCCCUCGCGGAGCCCCUGCUGCCCCAAGAGGGUCUGGCCACUGGAGGCUGCUGGGGUGGUCCCCCCUGGGGUCCAGGUGGGAAGCUUCUCCCUCCUCUGUCCCCGCUCAGAGAAGCGCUGUGCCCCGACAGCCUGAGCCCUG